GAGGAGAGAGAGAGGGGAGGGAGGGGGUGAAAGUGAAGCAGCAUCACCGCCUUUUUUUUCCAUCCAGCAUCUUCACCCACCGGCAGCCAACUCGAGUGAGAGCCCAGUCACAACUCGUCCUCUCCGGCGUCUAGAGUUCCCCUUCUUCCUCCACCUACCUCCUCCUCCUCCUCUUCGCAAUGUCCGUGUCCAGUGACUUCGGGAACCCGUUGAGAAAAUUCAAGCUGGUCUUCCUGGGGGAGCAGAGCGUUGGAAAGACGUCUCUGAUCACACGGUUCAUGUAUGACAGCUUUGACAACACAUAUCAGGCCACAAUUGGAAUUGACUUCCUAUCGAAAACCAUGUACUUGGAAGAUCGAACGCUUUCUCUCUCUGAACCCCAGGUGAGGUUGCAGCUCUGGGACACUGCAGGACAAGAGCGCUUCAGGAGCCUCAUUCCCAGUUAUAUACGGGACUCCACUGUGGCUGUGGUGGUCUACGACAUCACAAACGUUAACUCAUUCCGGCAGACGUCAAAAUGGAUUGACGAUGUCAGGACAGAGAGAGGAAGUGAUGUCAUCAUUAUGUUGGUCGGCAAUAAAACAGAUCUGGCAGAUAAGAGGCAAAUCACAAUUGAGGAAGGUGAACAGAGGGCUAAAGAGCUGAGCGUCAUGUUCAUAGAGACGAGCGCCAAGACGGGUUACAACGUCAAACAGCUGUUUCGUCGCGUGGCAGCUGCUCUACCAGGGAUGGAAAGUAUGCAGGAGACGAGCAAAGAAGGCAUGAUCGACAUCAAACUGGACAAACCGCAGGAGCCGCAGACGACUGAAGGAGGCUGCUCCUGCUAAUACUCCGCACGUCUCCUGGAAAAAGAAAACAUCAUCUACACCACAUGCUUGUUAUGUUGCUUCCUAUUGGUUAACCUGCAGUUGACUUUGCACGUUGAGAUUCUGGCGUCCUCACCCGACAAUUUGUUCAGUUUGAACUAGCAAUAUGUGAAUUAGGUUCUAAGGUAGCGUCGCCUACUUUGUUGAUGAAACUGCCAAAACAGUCUUUCAACUUGCAAAAAAAAAGAGACUUGUGGAAAAGAAGAAGUUGCAUUUUGUGUGUAUACAUUUUUUUAAAGUAGAAAUGCAAGUUUCCCCACUUUCUUUUUUUGUAUUUUUGUAUAUUCAGGGAAAUCUCUCUGGAAAAGUUUUUUUUUUUAAAGAUGCAAAACAACACAGCUCUGUAUUCAAGAGCCGGAGAGAACAGAUGGUUGUAGACUUAUUCUUGUGGAUGUCACUGUUGUUAUAGGCAAAGAUGGAGGUCCUCUUCACAAACACCAAACCGUUACCCAUAACCCUCUUGGCAUUAUGCCUACACUUGACCAUGUGAAGGCGCUUUACCUAAACGUUACCAUUUUCAAUCUUGUGGCUCAGGCCAGCCUUGCAGUUUGGUGGACCAAUCACAGCACCCGUAACCUCAGUGUGAUGCGAGGGUAACGAUUCGUUACUUGGCACUGACAUCUUGAGUAUCUAAUGCAUGCCUAGUUUUUGAGCAUAGGUACUGUCUACCAGUGUACACAGGUUUGAAUAUGUAAAUUGUAACAUGACACCAGUGACUUAAUGCACUCUGAUAGUCCAAGUCUUUUUGUUUGGAUUUGUAUACUUGACUUAUGAAAAUAUUUUUUGUCGUGUGUGUGUGUGUAAACGUGCUCUCUGUAUAGGCAACGUUAGAAUGCAGAUAUGUAGAGGGCCACUGCCAAGUCGUCACAUUGUGGCACAGUGUACAUAGGUCACUGUUUGUUUGCAGGACGUCAUAGACUCCCCCACUCACAGCAGUCGUGUGGUAUUUGGUGGUAGUGAUGAUGAGCCCCUGCACGUGUCGCUGAGCGCCGGAGAAUCCGAGGCGUUGCCUUGUGUCACAGAGGAACAUAAAGUUCUCUGCGUGGUGAUCUGUAGACUUAAAUCAGGUUCUGUGACCAGACCUUUAACAUUGUAAACCAGUUAUAUUCCUGUCAAAAAAGACUAAUUUGCACAUGUAGAUUAUUCAGGUUCAUCUGAAGUUUGUAAAUGUACAGUCACUUAAUUUAAAAGACCUGACUGAUUGUCAUAGAAACUGUCACACUUAAUGUCCCCCACUGAGACGACGAUUUCUUUGCUGCUUGAGUUUUAACUGACUACUGAUCCCUUGUUGGCAUUAUGCAAUGUUGUUGUCUUCUUUUUUUAUUAUUACCAGAGCCUGGUAUCGUUACGUACUGGUGGUGAAGUCAGCCGGCGUUGAGAACACUACUUUGACUCGUCUUUGAAGUGAGAUCUUACUGCACUUUUUACAACAUGUUUUAGGAAUUAGUGUGCUGUGUGUUAGAGUAGAGGAAAUCAGUUGUGAAAUGUUCACACGCGUUCAAAAAAGGGGAGCACUCUUUUUUUUCCUCACCCUCAUAAUGAGCCGAAUAAUACUAGUAAUAAGAGGCUGAGGUUUCACAGCAGACAUUGACUGGAACACUCUGUUCUGUGAUGAUGGGAGUGAUAAAAGAAAGGUUGAGUCACCAUUUGAAGAAUGAACAAAAUGUAUUGCUGUGUGCAUUAAGAAAUGAAAGUGAUAUAAAUGAGUCUAUUUGGCGCUUAGACCCCCCUCGUGAUGUCAUCAAGGUUGGAAGGGGGCGUGGCUUCAUACUAUAGGAAGCCCACCCCACGGAUUCUAUACACUGGUGAUGAUGUUAUGGAGACUAGAGGUGAAUCACUGUAAUGCAGCUGACAACGACAGAGAGAACAGAUUUAAAGUUUGACAGCAACGACACGAUUGGCUGAAUGAGAUCAUGGUGAUAUCUGAUUGGAUUACCGUCAACACCAGACAAACAGUCAGCUCAUGAGAGGGGGCAGGGAGAGUGAAAGAGAAUUGUGAAUAAAUGGCCUGAUUGAACUUGUGCUGAGCUGCACUUCAUGUUUAAAUCCCUCAACAUGAAAAAAGUCUAAUAAUGUGUGAACCCUCUGUGUUGCUGCCUAUUUAUUUUAUUGCACCAGGAAUGUACAGCUGUCAUUAGUGACCACACAGCCUUGUGAGGAGAGCUCUCUCAGAAGGUCAUUGGGUCAUUCUUUUCAAUGUGGACAAAACGCGUGAUGCGUAGCUGUAGAUGCUCCUCUGUAUGUGUGCGUAAACAUGAGGGCAGAGCUUUGUUUCCUGAAGGCCCAUUUUAACAUUCCCUUUAAAAAUGGACCAAGUGAUGCAACACAAGUCUCUGCCUGUUGUGUGAUGGGUGGGGGCGGUCUGCAUUUGAGGAUGGAGGCCAUGGCCAUUCCCUGAGGGUGUGUAUGUUCUCUCACAGUCCAGAGACGACUCUCCACUCACUGUACAGAGACCUAGCAUGACUCUUCCAAACGAUUAAUAAAGAUGUCUGAUUACCAAAGUCCUGCACCAGGCUUUUUUUUCUUCAAACUGUCUACUACCCCCUCAUGUAUUAUUACAAGUAAUUAAUUGUCAUGAAUUGACGUAAUAUGCAGUCUGAUGAUUACUGACAAUGACACAAUCAUUUUGUCAAACAGAUACUGUUUGUUUCUCUACAUGUUGUAACAUGCAUGGUUUCUAGUUUGACACAACAAGUUUCUGUUAAUGACGGUUACCUGCUGUAUUGGCCAAGGCUGGAUUAACCCACAUAUGGAGGAGUGACAUCUAUUGCACUUCUGUCUGUCCUGGGAAAGAGAUCCCUCACACUACAGCUCCCAGAGGUUUCUGUUUUUUGUUUUUUUUGUUCUUCCCUGCUAAAAUUAUUUUUUGGGUAGUUUGUCCUCACUCUUCUUAAAGGAUGUUGCACCUUGUUAAGCCCUAUGAGACAAGUUGUGAUUUGUGAAUAUGAGCUAUCAUUACUAAUAAAUAGUAGAAUUUAACACUACACCAUUCAUUGAGAGUAGAAUAGACACAAAGUAAGAAUAAUGCGGAAAUCUCUGAAGUAUUAAAACAAGAUUUGGACAGAUGGGAACUGGAGUCUCUACUUGUUAUCCUGGAAACUGGUUGUGGUCAAAACAUAAUUGUUUUCGUCUGGUGUACAUACGUGAGAGUGGUACUGAUCCAUGUCAUCCAGCUCUUUCCAUGGAAUAAAAACAAUUA